AUGGAACAAAAAAGCUUAGAAAUAUGUCCUUACUACCCAAGCCACAGAAUACCAGCCAACAAGUUACAGUACCACCUGGCACCACGCAGAAAGAAAAAUCCAAAGAUAGCUAAAAAGAUGGCUAACUGCAAAUAUAAUGUUUAUCCUGUGGUCCCAAUCAAAAGGCUCAAGGAGUACAAGGCUAAUUGUGUCGACAGAACUUCUGUGGACAAUGACCCAUUUAAUCUUCCAAAGUUUACCUGUUCAAGUUUGAAAUCAAAUGAGGAAAUUCCUAUUGCUACAAAUCAAAUUCCUGACCACGAUGUAUGGAAUGUAGAUACCAUGACUCAUUUUCCACCAUUUGUUCUUAAGGCUUUUGCUCCAAAGAUGCUGGUCUGUGAAAGUAACUCAAAAGACCCGAAAGCUAUGACUGAUAAGCAGCCUAACAAGUAUAAGUCCUAG